ACACACGACUCUGGGGCUUGAAAUUUUCUCACAAUCCCAUCCCUGUCCAGCGCACCCUCCAGUUACACUUCUCUUCCUUGUCGCUCACUCUCUUCAGCCGUACUCGUAGGCCGGUAGCGCCAAGAGAAGAAGACAAGAGGGUUUCUGAUCUUCUGUUAACUGGAAUCUUCUUCGAUUUCAAUCCAUGGAAGACGGGAACAAGGUUAAUCAAUGCAAGAGUGAAAUGCUAUCAACAGAUGGUGAUGUAUCCACCGUUCUUGAUGAAGCAGAUAAAAUUAAAGAGAGGUGUAGGGAACAGAGAGAAGCUCUGCCUGGGGAGCCUAAAUGUAUUAUAUGUCAUCGCUAUGGUGAGUAUAUAUGUGAUGAGACAGAUGAUGAUGUCUGCAGCUUGGAAUGCAAACAAGCUCUACUAUGCAGGGUUGCCAACUCACAGCUGCCGGUUGGUCUCCCACCUCCUAAAAAAUUACCUGCAACUGAUGAGUGUUUUUACGUUAGAGAUUCUGAUGAUAAAUCAGGAUCUCUAUCUUUAACUAUGGAUCAGACUGAGUCACUCAGAAGGAAGCUUGAAAUUCAUGUGAAGGGUGAAUUAGCAGUGGCACCCAUGUUAUCAUUCUCUUCAUGUAAUCUUCCUCAGAAGCUUCUCCAAAAUAUAGAAGUUGCAGGAUAUGAUGUGCCCACACCUGUGCAGAUGCAAGCAAUCCCAGCUGCUUUGAUGGGCAAAAGCCUGCUUGUUUCAGCUGACACGGGCUCAGGGAAAACUGCUUCCUUUCUGGUUCCAGUUGUUUCUCGUUGUGCAAAUAUUCGCAUUGAGAGCUCCUCAAGCCAGAGAAAGCCAUUAGCGAUUGUUCUAACACCAACUAGAGAGCUCUGUAUACAGGUCGAGGAACAUGCUAAGUUACUUGCAAAGAGUUUGCCUUUCAGAACUGCACUUGUUGUCGGUGGUGAUGCCAUGGCUGGACAACGACACCGCAUUGAGGGAGGAGUGGAACUGGUCAUUGGAACUCCAGGCAGGCUUAUUGACCUUUUAACGAAGCAUGAUAUUGAACUAGAUGAUGUAAUGAUCUUUGUUCUAGAUGAGGUGGACUCCAUGCUCCAAAGGGGUUUCCGGGAUCAGGUAAUGCAGAUCUUUAGGGCUCUAUCGCAGCCCCAGGUCUUGAUGUAUUCGGCAACAAUCUCACAAGAGGUAGAAAAGAUUACUAGCUGUAUGGCAAAAGAUAUUAUUGUCAUCUCUGUUGGCAAACCUAAUAGGCCAAGUAAGGCUGUGAAGCAGCUGGCUAUAUGGGUUGAGUCAAAGCAUAAAAAGCAAAAGCUUUUUGACAUUUUAAUGAGUAAGCAUCAUUUUAUGCCACCAGUUGUGGUGUAUGUGGGUUCAAGACUUGGGGCAGAUCUCCUGUCUAAUGCAAUUACAGUCACCACUGGGAUGAAAGCUUUAUCAAUGCAUGGGGAGAAGUCCAUGAAGGAGAGGAGAGAAAUUAUGAGGACAUUUUUGGUGGGUGAGGUUCCAGUUAUUGUGGCCACUGGGGUUUUGGGUCGAGGCCUUGAUCUCCUGGGUGUGAAACAGGUAAUAGUUUUUGACAUGCCCAAUUCCAUCAAGGAGUACAUCCAUCAGAUAGGAAGAGCGUCCAGAUUGGGAGAGGAGGGUACAGCUAUUGUGUUUGUGAAUGAAGAAAAUAAGAAUAUGUUUCCAGAGUUGAUUAAAAUUUUAAAAACUGCUGGAGCGGCUGUACCUCGGGAGCUUGUUAAUUCACGGUUUGCAGUUGGUUUUUUAUCUGGUGGCGAAGGCCAGAAAAGGAGAAAGCGUGGUUGCUGACGUCUGGAAAUGCUUUGUAGAUUUUCUGGCUUCAAUUCAACAUCUUGGAAAUAUUCAAUAAAUCAGACGGACAUUUUGCCAUUAGAAAAAGGUCAAAUUGAUCAGCAGCAGAGGAAUAUUUUAGUCUCUGAUUUCACGUGAAGAAGUUGGUAGUAGAUUUCAGGAAACAUUAUGUGGAUGGGAACUCAGAGUGUGGGUGAAUGUUCUAGCUCAACUUCCUUGAGCAGUCAGCAGGAUGUUGAGGAUGACCGGAUGAUUGCUGUUAUACUAUCUGAAGAGUAUGCCAAAUUGGAUGGUGCAGUUGCUAGACGCCUUUCCAACCUGGUGCCUGUUCCUAGCCUAAUCAAGUUAGAAACAUUGGAGCUUUACUCGUUUGCUUUGAAGCCGUUUCUGGGUUAAAGGUGAAUUUGGCUAAAUCUGUCUUGGUCCCUGUUGGUAGUAUGAAUAAUGUGGGCAUUUUGGCUGACAUUCUUGGCUGUGGUUCAGCUUCUAUGCCUUUGAAGUACUUGGGUCUCCCUUUGGGGGCCACGUUUAAGGUCAAGGCCAGUUGGGAGGACAUGUUGGAGAAGUUUGCCAAAAGGUUGGCUCCAUGGAAACGCUUGUAUUUGUCUAAAGGGAGGAGGAUUACUCUCAUUAAGAGCACCUUAUCCAAUCUUCCUACCUAUUUCUUGUCUCUGUUUCCUAUCCCUGCUUCGGUGGCGAAACGUAUGGAGAAGAUUCAACGUGAUUUCUUAUGGGGUGGGAUCAAUGAUGAGUUUAAGUUCCAUCUGGUUAGUUGGAACAAGGUUUGCUCUCCGAUCUAUGAGGGAGGUUUAGGGAUACGGAAUAUGCGUUUGAUGAAUAAAGCUUUGUUGGGAAAAUGGCUGUGGAGAUUUGCUCAUGAGAAAGAGGCGUGGUGGAGAAAGAUAUUAGUGGCUAAGUAUGGUGCGGUUUGGGGUGGUUGGCGCUCUAGGGUGUCCAGUGGUUCGCAUGGGGUGGGGUUAUGGAAGUACAUUAUCAAGGGGUGGAGGUCAUUUCAUUGUCACAUUAGAUUGGUCCCUGGAUGCGGGUCCAACAUCAGGUUUUGGGAGGAUAUCUGGUGCGGUGACACGUCUCUCAAGGAUGCUUUUCCUAGUCUCUUCAAUAUUGCCACCAAUAAGGAUGCGUCUAUUGCGGAUAACAAGGAGUGUACAAAUGGCUCCGUGCAGUGGAAUAUUUCUUUUAUUCGCAGGGUUCAUGAUUGGGAAGUGGAGGUUUUGGCAUCGUUUUACUCUCUUGUAUUCGCACUUGAUGCGGGGGGUAGGGGAGGAUAGGAUGUGGUGGACUUCUUCACGUAAAGGAAAAUUUGAGGUUAGAUCUUAUUACAGGAUCCUUGCCUCUAAAGAUCCUUCCCCUUUCCCUUGGAGGAGUUUAUGGCGCACUAAGGUUCCUUUGAAAGUGGCUUUUUUUGCUUGGACGGCCGUGCUUGGGAAGACUCUAACCUUGGAUAAUGUUCGGAAGAGAGGUAUCAUUGUGAUAAACCGUUGUUGCAUGUGUGAGUCGGAUGGGGAGUCAGUUGACCAUCUCUUUCUUCAUUGUGGGGUUGCGCGGAUGUUGUGGAAUGCUGUCUUCGCUCGUUUUGGUUUGUGUUGGGUGAUGCUUGGUAGCGUCAGGGGGUUGUAUGCUUCUUGGUGGGCGGGAGGCAAUUCUCGUAGCGCUGUGGUGUGGAAGAUGGUCCCUCUUUGCCUUAUGUGGUGCAUUUAGAGUGAGAGGAAUGCUAGAUGUUUCGAGGACUCGUCUAGGAACAUUGAUGACCUUAUUCACUUUUUCUUGUACACCCUUUUCACUUGGACUACUGGUUGGCUAGCGCCCUUAGCGUUCAGCUUCCCUGACUUCCUUUUUAUGUUUUCUUCUUCUUUCUCUUCCUCUUAGUCGCUCCUUUGUAUACUCCCUGUGUACGAGGGUUGUGCUCCUCUGCGCUUUGUUUAUAUACCUUUUUUACUUAUCAAAAAAAACAUCUUUUUAUUUUUUCCAAUAUUGAUGAACAUGAAUUUGUAGCCCUUAAGGCUUAUAGUCAUUACUUUUGGAGAUGGCUUUGAUGCUAUUGUGUGGGUGGGAUAGUCAUUAAGUUCAUCCUAGAAAUUGUCAAUAUAUGGAAAUGCAAAUUAAGUCAUAGAUCUUUCUUGUUACUGAGUGAACAUGAAGAUAUAACCUCUGGAGUAUCUGAGCUUAUGUCAGAAAUUGUUGAGAUGGAGGCACUUGGAGAUGCUUUGCUUAAAAUCUUGGCUUAAAUAUUUAGUAAACUCCUCGUUUCCUUCUACCAGGCUGAAUGUCUAUGGUUUAUAUGAAGUGAGGGUCUCAGGCAAUGCAAACUGCCAGGUAUGUGCAAUGCUGCUGAAGUAAUGCCCAAAUGUUUUCUUCUUUCUUUGAUUUGUUUUUCCAUUCUAUUGCAGUUUCGUGCACUUUCAGACCAGAUUUACAAGUGACCUGAAUAUCACAAACAUCUUCGGAAUUAUACCAAUGAGCUCUAGUUCAAAAUUGCACCCCCCCUCCCCCCCCCCAAAGAACAAACAAAUCCCUUCAAAGAGCUCCUCGGAAUAUAUAUAUAUAUAUACACACAGAAAGUACAUGUGUCAAAUUUUGAUUAGAUAUGACGUGGAUAACAACAUAUAUGUUAUUGCUCAAUGCUCACCUUUAAAAAUCCAAUGGAAGGUGUAAUUCGAUGA